AUGACUAGCCUAGCUUUCAUAUUUCUUCCUCUCUACUUGUAUCCCUACAACGCGUCAUCUUGGAGUGCGAUGACGACGUCGUUGCGGCGAACCCGACCUUGAGAUUUCAAGCCGUGGUCGCGCCGAACCUCAACAAUUUCUACCCAGACGUCAAUUAUCAGACUGCCAUUAGUGGGUUGAACAAGUAUUCUAAUGUGCAGACAUUGAGACAUGUGCCGACGUCAUGGGCGAAUCGAGACAAGACGGCGGUAAUAGGGACAUUAGCGCCUAUGCGGCAUGGAACAACUUCUCGUCAGCGAAUAUUGCCGUGCAAGGCAUAUUUAUCGACGAAGCACCAUCACUGCCAAGUACUACUACUUUCUCAUAUGUGGAAACGACAUCUACGUAUGCGAAAACAGCUCUAGGGCCAGGGAGAGGCCACAUAAAGUAUAACCUGGAGAUGGUCGUCGAUCCACUGUUCUACAACAUGGCAGACACGGUGAUAGUCUUCGAGAACAGCUAGGGGGGGUUCAACACCACCUUUCUAAGCACGGUGAGUUGGGAUCUGCUGGAGAAAUCGACGGUGUUAGUACACAAUUUUACCGGCAAUAAUACGAUACCGGCGGACCUGAUCAACAAUAUCACGAACGCGAAUGUUGGGGGCCUGCUUAUAACGACAAGUGAUAGGUAUACGGAUAUGUCGAGCCUGUGGCUGUAGUCUUGCGAGGAG